AUGAGGCUGCGUGGUGUAGCACGUUCAGUUGAAUGGGAACAUCACAAACCAGAGAUUCAGCUGGGUCCCAGCGCACUGACUAGUCUCGACAAUAAGCAACAUGGUCCAGCUGAUGCCUCGACACCAGUUCCGACCAAUAGACAGGAUAGCCUCGCAGGACGGAGCUGUUGGUCUUCACAGCCUCCUUCGGGAAAAUAUGCUGUUAUCAUGAAGGUCAGCUUCCUGAAAACAACCAGUGAAUGCCCGAAAUCCACCGAGCCUCUCAGUUCCACUAGAUGUUGGCCAGACAGACAACACCCCUCAAUAUGCAGCGCGUCACAGCCUUGUAUCAAACCCAGAUACCGCGAGUCAGCGUUGAUCAAGGUCAGACAACGCCCCCGCAAUAUGCAGCACGUCACAGCAUCGUACCGAAGUCAGACCGUAUGCGUCGCAUUUAGUGCUAUUUGGGUUCAAUUAGGCCAUAAGGCGGACGGAAACUCGGGUUGUGCCCACCUGGUUGACCAUAACAAAGGUGAAACCGGUCGUGGGCUGUUGAAGAGUUUUCAGCAACCUUGUGAGCAAGUGAAUGUGCUGCACCAGGCCGCCUCAUGUUUCAUUCGCAACGAUAUUCGAGAUAUCGCGAUACAUGUAGAUAUUCGUAAUGCACUACUCAUAAGGUUGCCUGGAGAUAUCACAAACGAGAGAUUCAGAUGGGUUCCA